UCUCCGCCCCUCCACCAAUCCCCCCCCCCUCCUCCACUACCCCCCACGUGGCCGUUGCGUCUCACUUCCGGUGACGUCACGCUCCCGAAGUGUGCAGCCUCCCAGAGUGGGUGUGGGAUUGCACUGCAAGUGAACAAGCGGAAUAGUGACAAGCCGAGUGGCGGAUUUAGUGGGAGGGCGAGAGGGACCGGCCAGGUGAGCAGCCAUGAGCUGCUCCAUGGACAAGGUUCUAGCGGACGCCCGUGCGCUGGUUGACCGACUCAAGGAGCAUGACAGCGCAGCCGAGUCGCUCAUCGAGCAGACGUCUGCGCUCAAUAAGCGUGUGGAAGCCAUGAAGCAGUACCAAGAAGAGGUGAUAGAGCUGAAUGAGGUGGCACGGCAUCGGCCCCGCUCAGCACUCGUCCUUGGCAUCCAGCAGGAGAAUCGGCAGAUCCGGGAACUUCAGCAGGAAAAUAAAGAGCUCAGGGUUGCCCUGGAGGAACAUCAGUCGGCCCUCGAGCUGAUCAUGGGCAAGUACCGUGAGCAGAUGGUGAGCCUGCUAUCCUCCAACAAGACGGAGGAGAACAAGCUGGUCCUCACCCUCAAGGAGAUCCACUGUAAGGAACUGCAGGCGCAGGUGGAAAAGGUGUGUGAGAUGGCAGCGGUGAUGAAGAAGGCCAUCAAUGCUGAUGACGCAGAGGUCAUUCGCGAGCAGGAGAAGAUGGCACAGCUUGAGCUCGAGAAUAAGACUCUGCGGGACCUGCUGAAGAUCAGCAAGGAGAGCUUUAUGAGUGUUGUGGAGGAGGCAAAGUUGGCUGGCAAAGCUGGGGACUGAGGGUGGAGGACAUACACAGUGAUACUGCCCAACUCUUGCGCGUUUUCAGACUCAUCCACUUAGUAACACUCACACUUAAACUCGCACAUUGGCGAAAGGGUGCACACCUUUGUCCAUACUAUAGUAUCUCUUGUGCAGACAUUUUGCUCAUGAAUGCACAUUCUCACGAGAUAAAUCAUUCUUGUGUACACAUGCAUGUAGGCAUUAUCACAGGAAUCCACGUUUAACAUGCGCAACACCUUUUCCUGUAUACUUGGUCCCACACGUGUGUGUGUGUGUGUGCACGUGCACACUUUUGUCUGGAAGUCAUGUGCACCCAUCAGGAUGAGGGCAGACGUUGUUGCUCCUACCGCCGGUAACUUAUUGAGUUUCUUCUCCCCUCGUGUACACUCAUGUAAGAUAGCCGCUGAGCCUGCCCAUGCAGCUGAGCUUGGUGCUUUUGCUUUAGGAGUUUGUAACAAAUGGCGUUGCGGUCAACGUGUUUUGUGAAUGUACCGUCAUUGAGUCCUCACACUCGUGAAGAAGCACUUUGGAGUCCGAGUGUGCAUCACGUGCUCAUUUUAAGGGGAUUUUGGGCUGCCCUCUUUAGUAGGAUGGGAGCCAUGGAUGCAUGUAUGUGUGUCUGCGGGCACGUGAGUAUGACGAUUGUGUGUGCUGCGAAUGGCAGUGGUAACGUGGUGGAUGGUGCACUGCACUGUAAGUGGAAUUUAGUAUUUGAACCGAGCCUGGACACCUCCUAAGUUAACUCGGUCUAAAAUGAGUACCUGGUUUGAUGGCACUGGAGAGUCAAAAGGCAGCCGAGCCCAUGUGUUGACCAGACCACCCUCUCCACGUGCCAUGCCAACCGUGAUAGGUGCUUGCUCACAGCACUUAGCUAUAAUGCUAAAUGGGGAGUCAUUGUUUUAUUAUGUAUACAUAAUAGUUUUAAAAAUAUAUAUAUGUUGCAUAAUCGGUUCUAUUUGUUGUUUUCCAGCUGUGAUGUUGGCACCGAUAUAGACAGUGAAAAAUGAUAAUCCAUUCCGGAAUCUCCUACCGAUAAAAUGGCUACACCUCAAUUUCAUAACAUAGGUAACAGACAUUCUUAAUGGUCUCCCUACAUAAUCGUUAGACUGGGCACUGUUCAGCUUUAUGGAUGCAUGAUUUAUUUGUUUUGUGCUUGUCUGCCAAAUAAGCCAUCACUGCAAAGCUAGACAAAAUUUUGGUGCAAAAGCCUUUUCUUGUACGAUGGAUUUUUUUGGAUGCAGUGCAGAGUCACCACGUGAAGAACAUACACUCAGUACAGCACACAUGAAACUUCCCGCCAUUGUCUCGAGGAUUAGAGGCUCUGGUAGCCGAGUAUGCUUUCUCCAAUCCCUUCGAGACUUCAUCGCUCAAGCUGGACAUGCAUCCCACCAGUCGUCCACAGUUUCGCAUCACUGAACGAUGUAUUUCUUGGAUGACUUUGACCCCGUUUUCCUUCUGCCACAACUUUGCUUGCAUUAGGAUUCAAGCUGCCAGCGCUGGCACGUGUGGCAUGGAAGAGUUUGCUCUUGCCACGCUUCCUUAAAGUUAUCUCCCCAUGGUGGUCCUGAAGCUUGCAGAUCCAUGGAAUUCUCAGCCAACAGAACAAUUCUUAUUCUCUUCUCGUUUUUGGCUACACACGAACCUUAUUGAAUCUCUGGUGGCUUUUUUUACCCAGAAUCACACGGUGCUGAUUCAUGAGCAUCGGUGUCUCGAGAAAAACUGUCAUUGUCACUUGAAUAUUUAAUUGGUGCUUUGGUUUUCACCAGUUACGUUGCCAUUUUGGUUUUCUUCCUCAACGCAUGAGCAAAACCAACCUGACACAGGGCGUCUUCCCUGGCAUUGCUCGGCAGAGAAUGUGUUCGAUGUAGCUUGUGAAUAUUGGCGCGAGUGAAACAACCAGCUGUGCUUCUCGCCUUACCCCCCCCCCCCCCUCGUGUGUCAUGCCAGCCUUCAUAGUUGGUCACGUGUGCAGUUUGCUUCUGACAGCCGUUGAGACAUCUAGUGCCCAGAACUCCGAAAUCUGUAAUUUCAAAUGAACAGCAGUCUGCCAUAAAUGGCGUACAGUAUUUAGGAAAAUUAGGAUCGGCAACAUCCGCCCACACAGUUGUGUGGGUGGAUGUGGUGGGGAGAACGGCGAAUAGUUUCUGAUGCAUUGCAACUCUUUGAGCUGGAAAAGUUAUGUUACUGAGGGCUUCCAGCGAACUCCUCUGGGACCGAGUUUUGUAUCAUUAGUAUUGGCUCAACUUGGUUAAUUGUUAAGUUGAAACUGUCGAUUUCUGAGAAUCCUGACUUCUAGAACAAUGACGGAUGCUUCCAAAAAAUCAGGCAUUGGGUAAAUGCAAAACCAAGUUUAUUCGUUUUGUGUGAGAGUAUGCAUUUGUGCGUUUACGCUUUAAUAAUUUGGAAGUUUGUGUGUGCAGUUGUGUGAAUGCUUUAUUUCUGAAAGUAUGGCAGUGUAUACAAAUAUAGCAACGUGUAUGUGCGUAUGACACGUAUAUCACUUUUACGCGCGUGCGAAUGCAAUUGAGUUGUAAGUGCAUGUACAAGCGUGAUCGGUACAUAAUUUUGUAUUCUUUGAGUGUGUGGGUACGCGUGUGUACAUAUAAAUUGUAUCUACCCAUAAUGUGUGCCCGUGCACGUGCGUUUCACACGUUCCAAGCGACAGGUACCCAGCGUGUGGCUCUUCAUUCGAUGUACAUUUUUUUAAAUGAAACUAUUUUUCUGCGUGUGCCCUCUGUAUUCUGCCUCGCCGACGUCUGAAGGGCCCACCUGCUUGUGUGCGUGUGCAAAUGAAACGAUUAACUUUUGUAACAGUG